AUGGGAGAAGGAGAAGAACAUGGAUCCCAAACGAAGCCGUAUCCCGAUGAGAAGCUAAAAGAUGUCCCUGCUGAGGCUCCCGAGAUCGAACAUCUCACCCCACAAGAAAACAAGCGCAUCCUCCGCCGAAUCGACCUCUUCCUCCUCCCCAUAAUGGCAAUCUCCUACAUGUUCCAAUUCCUCGACAAAUCCGCCAUGAGCUUCACCGCCAUCCUCGGACUAGAAGAAGACCUCAACCUCCACGGCGACGACUACUCCUGGGCCAGCAGCAUCUACUACUUCGGGUACCUGGCGGCGUCAUACCCGGCCGCUAUCAUGCUGCUGCGGUUUCCGGUGGGCAAGAUGAUUUCGACGUCAAUAGUCGUCUGGGGCGCCGUCCUCAUGCUAACAGCCCUAUCCUUCAACGACAAGGGCCUCAUCGCCGUGCGCUUCUUCCUCGGAUUAACCGAAGCCGCCAUCGCUCCGGGGCUGAGUAUCGUCGUGAGCAUGUGGUACAAGCGCUCCGAGCAGCCCUUCCGGCACGGGAUCUGGUUCCAGGGAAUUACAAUCGCAGGUGUUUUCGGCGGCCUGCUCGCGUACGGCAUCGGACAUGUGCGGAGCAUUGCGCCGUGGAAGGCCGUUUUCCUGAUUUUCGGGGCUAUCACGGUCGUCUGGGCGGGUGUUCUAUUCCGCUAUUUACCGGAUACGCCGAUGAAUGCGCGGUUUCUGAGUGAGGGGGAUCGACGCAAGGCGGUUGUACGAGUCAGCGAGAACAUGACCGGUAUCAAGAACGAUACGUUUAAGCGCGCGCAGUUUGUCGAGGCGCUGCUUGAUGUGAAGUGCUGGGCGCUCGUGCUGAUUCAGAUUACGUGCUCGAUUCCGAAUGGGGGGGUUUCGAACUUCGGCUCAAUAAUCAUCGAAGGCUUCGGUUUCAGUACGCUCAACACCCUCCUAGUGCAAAUCAUCACCUACGUCUUCCAGGGCGUGCUGGUCCACCUCUCAACAGCAGGCUGCUCGUGGUUCAAGAAUAGCCGGACCUACUGGAUGGUCUGGAACUGCGCGUUAAGUAUCGCGGGAGCUGCAAUGGCGCGCCAGAUUAACCCGGAUAACGUCUGGGCCCGGUUCAUGGGGUAUUGUCUUGCGAACGCGUAUAGUGUGAACUUUCCGCUUACGCUGGCCAUGUCGACGGGGAAUGUGGGCGGGUUUACGAAGAAGACGACUGUAAAUGCUAUGAUCUUCAUCGGCUACUGCACGGGCAACAUCAUCGGCCCGCACCUGUUCUUCGACGACGAGGCGCCGUCGUACCCAUCGGGGUUCCUGGCGAUGUUGAUCUGCUUCGGGAUCUCGUUGGUGAUCUCGCUGGCGCUGCGGUUUUACCUUAUUUGGGAGAAUCGGAGGAGGGACCGGUUGGGUCUUGGGGACGCGGAGGGGGAGAAUGGGGAUGAGGAUGAGGCGGUUCUGGAUGCGGCGGUGCUGGAUAAGACGGAUAAGGAGCUGUUGAGGUUCCGGUAUGUUUAUUAG